CUCACUUGUCAGACAACCAAGGUAACACCUGUCCACGCGGCCAUGUUUGGGUUCGGGAAGCCAGAGAAGACGCCUCGAGAGCAAGCGAAGGAGGCGAAGCGAGGCAUUUCGCAGAGCCAGAGGGAACUUGAGAGGGAGAAGAUGGCGCUGGAACGGCAGGAGAAGCUGCUCAUUGCAGAUAUCAAGCGGGCCGCGAAGGAAGGCAACAACGGCGGGACCAAGAUCUUAGCCAAGCAGUUGAUUCAACUGCGGCAGCAAAAGGACAAGAUGACGAUGAUGAAGAGCAACUUGGGAAGCAUCGGGUUGCAAACCACGAGCAUGGCGGCACAGAUGACGAUGGUCUCGGCCAUGGAAAAGUCCACCAAGACCAUGGCCGCCACGAACAAGCAAAUGGACAUGAAUCGGUUCCAACAGGUUAUCAUGGACUUUGAAAAGCAGAGCGAAAUGAUGGGUAUGCGGGAAGAAAUGCUCGACGACACACUCAUCGACGCCUUUGACGACGAAGAAGUCGAAGCAGAGGGCGACGCAGUGGUGGACCAAGUUCUCACCGAGAUUGGAUUGGAUCUGGCGUCUCUCAUGGCAGACGCGCCGACCCGCCAAGCCAAUGCCGCCGCCACCCGCUUCGACAACCUCCUUCCGGACGCGGCGUUGUUGCCCCCGCCGACCAAAGUAUCGGCCCAGUCGUUGCAUUAACAUAUAUAUCCAUCACGCUCUUUCAAUCUUGUCGACA